UGAACUCCGCGACCAAAAAUGCUGAAUAUCUGCUAAGUCUAAAUCAGGUACGCCACAAUAAUAACAUGGUACCUAACGGUACUUUGCAAACUUUAUCACGACGUCGCGAUUAAGUGCUCACAAAGUACGCUAUCCAUAUCAUGGCCUUUUGAUAAGAGCUAAUACCAUUCCAGCGACAUGGAAGAUCCAAACCCUGCAGCAACGUCGCCACGACGAUUGGCUGUCCUCAUCUCAGGAGCGGGAACUAACCUUCAAGCACUGAUCGAUGCACAGAACACAUCGUCCCUGCCUAAUACCCGCAUCGUCCUUGUCCUUUCUAAUCGCAAAAACGCACGUGGUCUGAUACGCGCUUCCACCGCCUUGCCUCCGAUCCCUACCGCAUACCUCGGUCUUCAACCGUUCAUUAAAUCAAACCCCGGAAAGACGCGCGAGGACUAUGAUGUGGAGGUCGCGCGCAUUGUGUUGCGCGCGAAGCCAGAUGCGGUCGUGUGUGCGGGAUGGAUGCACAUCGUGAGCGAGGGGUUUUUGAAUGUGUUUAAGGGGACGCGGGUAUUGGAGGGCGAGGAAGUGCUUGCAAGGGAGGUAUCUGUGAUUAACAUCCAUCCGGCUUUGUUUGGGCAGUUUGAUGGUGCGCAUGCAAUUGAAAGAGGCUUUGAGGCGUUCCAGAAGGGGGAGGUGGAUGAGCUGGGCGUGAUGGUGCAUCGUGUGGUCAAAGAAGUCGAUCGCGGGGAGCCGUUGAUUCAGAGAAGAGUGGAGGUAGUGAAGGGGGAGGCGAUAGAAGCUUAUGAGGAGAGGCUACAUAAGGUAGAAUGGGAGAUUAUUGUGGAGGCUACUCGGAUAGUGUUGGAUGAGGUGCAACCGCCCCUGUCAAGCGACGGUUCAAGUUAACAUAAUCAGGCCUGCGCGGUGGAAGGCCAACUUGCACAAUUACAUCUAAGAAGUAACAAAAGGGAAACCAAGAUAGGGUACACAUUAGAAUAUAGCAAGAAUACACUAUGCA